AUGGAAGCUUGGUUCUAUUUACUUAUCUGUCAUUUCUGUAUAUUGUUCUUUGGUUUUGCUAACUGUAGACGUUACUAUUUCAGAAGCGUGUAUACGGCAAGCCUCGACGGGACUAUAAUCAGAUGGAAUUUGCAAAAUUUGGCCGAAGAUAGAAAGAAAAUAAAUCUUAAAACUGCUAUCACAUCCAUUAAAAUAUUCAAAGACAGACUAAUAUGUGGAGGCUUUUCAAGUCUACUUAUAUGUGAUCUAAAUGCAACUUUACUUAAGACAUUGACUAUAACCGAGGACGGUGGCGUGACGGAAAUAAGUUGUUUCCACAAUCUUGAAAACGGUGAGGUAUGGGCUGGCACAAGACAUGAUGGCAAGAUACAUGUAUUUGAUAUUUCAACAGGGCAUGUGAAACAUGUAAUAUCUAUUCCAAAUUGCCGAGGAAUCAGUAGCAUUAAUGUAUUUGAUGACAAGAUCUGGGCUGGUUUAAAACACGGCGAAAUUUAUAUAUAUUUUGUAAAGGAUUACAGCAUUUGGAAACAAUUACAGGGACAUGAAGAUGCAGUUAAAGUUUUGUAUAACAUCAGAGAAAGUAACGACGUUUUGCACAGUUACAUGAUCUCCGGCGCAGGCAGCAAAGAUGGCCGUGUCUGUAUAUGGAAUGCUAAUGAAGAGACGCUGUAACAUUUACGUGUCUUUCUGUGACUUAAAUGUACUGAUCACGUGCCGCCAAGUGAUCACGUGAUAUCUUGAUGUAUCUUAUAAGAAUGUUGAGAAGUACAUCUAAAAGAGCGUUCGAGGCCGAUGGUUAAGGUCGUUGACUUCAAACCACUUUCUCCUCGACGCUGUGUGUUCGAAUCCCUACUGGAACUUUGGAUUCUUUCAUGUCAGGAACCUAUCCAGCUUGAUUACGAACGUCAGUAAAGCUGGAACGUCGCCAAAUGACCUAUACUGUGUCGAUGGCACGUAAAA